UCAGGCCCGGGCCGCUACAGCCUGCAGCUGGCAGGAAGGGGAGGGCCCAGCGGGUCGAGGGGCAGCCCCCGAACGGGCUCGGGGCUGGGUCGGAAAAGCUGCCUCACGGGCGCGCCCCGUCGCCCCCUCCGCUCCCUCUCUUUUCCUCUCUCCCUCCCAGCGCUCCCCGCCUGGGCCUCCCUUGCAGUCUCCGCUGCGUCCUCCCGGAGGCAGCGCUCGUCGCGGCCUCGCCAUGUCCCAGCCGGGCCAGAAGCCCGCCGCCUCCCCGCGGCCCCGGCGCGCUGCAGCGGCCAGCCACACCCAGGAGCAUGCCAAUGAUAAAAACGGUGGAUCACCGACCAGAUCAGGAGACAAGAAAGGAUCAGAUGAGAAAAAUACAAGAAGCCAUGGGAGCAGUCAACCCUCCAGAACCCACGCUGGUGGAACAGCCCCUGCCACCAAGGUGUCUACUUCCUCUGCUCCACCCAGCAAGCCUUCCAGUAUGAAUCCCACAGAAACCAAGGUCAUUCCAAUCAGGGAACAGAUGGAAGGACUGCAUCCUCCUAACAAGAAAAGACACAAAACACAGGCUGCAAAAAUAGAACCUGAAAAGAAGUCACAGUCAACUAAACCAUCUGUGAUUCAUGAGGAAAAAACCCAAGAAGUAAAGCCAAAGGAACACACAGAGCCAAAAAGCCUACCCAAACAUGCAUCAGAUACAGGAAGCAAGCAUGCUCAUAGUGAAAAAACAGUUUCCAGAUCAAGUGAGCAGCCGACAUCAGAGAAAUCAACAAAACCAAAGACUACACCACAGGACACAAUUUCUGCAGGUGGAAAGAGUAUUGCUGGUGUAGCUGCAAUAUCUAGCAAACAGGAUGACAAGUCAGGUAUGGAUGCUGCUUUGGAUGACUUAAUAGACACUUUAGGAGAACCUGAAAAAACUGAAGACGAUAACAAAACAUAUACUGGACCUCAAGUUUUGGAUCCAAUGAGUUCUACCUACAUAGAGGAAUUGGGUAAAAGAGAAUCCACAAUUCCUCCAAAAUACAGGGAACUUAUCAAUAAAAAAGAUGGGAUCACAGGGCCUCCUCCAGAUACUUCGAAACCCAUGGGACCCGAUGAUGCCAUCGACGCCUUAUCAUCUGACCUCACCUGUGGUUCUACCGCUGGUGGAAAGGAAACAGAGAAAGAGAAAUCCACGGGAGAGGUUUUGAAAGCUCAGUCAGCUAGGGUAAUCAAAAGUGCUGCUCCACCCCACGAGAAAAAAAGAAAGACAGAGGAGGACACAAUGAGCGAUCAAGCACUAGAUGCUCUUUCAGCUUCCCUGGGCAGCCGGAAGUCAGAGCCUGAGCUCGACCUCAGCUCCAUUAAGGAAAUCAAUGAGGCAAAAGCCAAAGAAGAGAAACUAAAGAAGUGUGGUGAGGAUGACGAAACAGUCCCAUCGGAGUACAGAUUAAAACCAGCCACGGAUAAAGAUGGAAAACCACUAUUGCCAGAGCCUGAAGAAAAAUCCAAGACCCUGAGUGAAUCAGAACUCAUUGAAAAGCUUUCAGAAGAUUUUGACCAGAGCAAAUGUAAAGAAAAACAAUCUAAGCCAACUGAGACAGCAGAAGAAUCUCAGGCUAGCGCCCCGGCUCCCGUGGGAGAGGAUGUGCCUCGUGCCUCCUUGUGCAGCAUACAGUCAGCACCACCCAAGCCAGCUACCUCGAAGGGCGCGGUGCCCGAUGACGCUGUAGAGGCCUUGGCUGGUAGCCUGGGGAAAAGCGAAGCAGAGCCAGACGAUGGAAAGCCUGUGGAGGAUCAAGUCAAGGAGAAAGCCAAAGAAGAGGAUCGUGAAAAACUUGGUGAAAAAGAAGAAACAAUUCCUCCUGACUAUAGAUUAGAAGAGGUCAAGGUAAACAGAAUUCAGUUGAAACAAUGA